AUGAACAAGAAGAAUAGAGCUGAGAAUUGCAAGAACGCUUCCGAGGUGAAAUCAAUCACUGCUAGUCUCAAGGCUGGUGUAGCUGGGUAUGAUCCGUUUUCAAGGAGGUGGACACGGUCAUCGAACUACUACAAUGGUAAAAACAGUGGGAAAGAUGGAGGAGAGAAUGAGGCAGCUGUUGCAGCAGCGGUUGAGACCAAUGGAGGAGGAGAGAACGGUGUGGAAGCGACAGAAGCGGCUGCAGAGGCAGGGAAGCUAAUAGACACUAGAGCUCCAAUAGGUCAAGGAGUGGAACACAAUCUGAUGCAUAGUUUUGAAUUGUCUUUAUCGCUAACUGCGUUGCAGAAGUAUGGAGGGCCUCAAGGAUUACAGAAAGCGUUCAUGGCGAGGAAACAUGUGACAGAAGUAACAGUGGGAUGCAGAGUUGUUGAGAAUGAUGGUAAGAGACAUGGACUUACGUUAACUGUUAGUGAUUACAAGAGAAGGAGAGGUCUUCUAUGA